AUGGCUGAGAUUCAUGAGUACAAUGGCCGGCGAGCAUUGCUCAUUCAAGCGGUCGAUGGAGAUGAGUAUUGGUACUAUUUGGAUGAUCCACAUCGGAAAUCGCAAGCUGCUGGCGAAUAUAUAAGCAGCUCGCAGAAAUGCGCGAAUUCGAAGGAUUUAAUGUGGGACAACCCACCAGGGAUCGCCUACAAUUGGAACGGGAUUCCGAUCAGAACAAACGCCAACGAUGACAUCAAAUCAUACAUUAUUGCUAUUUAUUUAAUAUUUGGCCUUUCCGCCUUGCCACUCAACUUUCUAUGUGCUUAUUUUAUCUCAAAGAAAGAAAGCCUCUCGAAAAGAACUUGUGUGCUGACUUGGCAUUGUGUUCAAACUGAUGGUCUCUCCGGCAUUCUCCUGAAUCGAAUCGUGAUCGCGUUCAGCUUGGGAAUGGUUUACUCGAUGGAAUUGCUUCUUCACUCUUUGUCAAUCAAUCGAAUCUUUGCCGUUUUCUUUAACGGCUUUUACUAUGAGAGAAUUCAAAGAUUCACCAUCGUGCACGCUUUAUUUUGUUUCAUUGCACCGAUCAUUUAUCAAUUGAUGCAAGUCGGUGAUUUGGUCGAGCCGGGAACGAACUUCCAUUGCUAUGCGGGUCCAUUCUUUUCCCCCAGUGAAUUCUAUGUGUUCAUUUGGUUUAAUAUUAACAACUUCUUCGACACUAUUGGGUAUACGGUAGAUUAUAUUGUAUUCGGGUUUCUCGUCUUCGCAAUGGUGCUCGAUGUGGUCACGGUGUUAGGGAUUCGGCUCACGAUUAAAUCCCCUGAAGCAAAGAAAAGAGCUGAUCUACGUUUAGCGAUCAUGAUGUUAAUCACGGGUACAAUUUGGAUUGUUGAGACUUCAUUUCACUAUUUUGUCUCAUGGCAAUUCUAUCAAGAGUUCUGGUAUUUCUUCUUUUACGAAGCCGAGCCUUUCCUUGGACAUUGUGUUUUAAGCCUUGUCAUCAUCAUUUUCAAUCUUCCACAGAAUCCAAAAAAGACUCGAGUUCGUGUGUUGUCGCUCUGCGACAAAAGCGAAAUUCAAAAAGCGUGUGGAACACGUCGACUCACAAAGACAUCAAUC